ACUCAGUCAUCGACUGGUCAGUGCACAAGAAGUUGGAUAUAGACUUGCAAACCUACCACUCAUAAGAUCCUCAAGAUUAACUGUCUCAAUAAACACCAGGCCACCUGAGAGUAGAAUGCGCCUGCUCAAACCCAGAGAUGAACUUGCUCAACUUGAUGACACAUCAACAGACAUUUUCAUAAAGGGCACUGCACAGUAUUAUGCAAUGAGACCACAUGGUGAUCCAUGGGACAAAAUGUCAUUAUACACAUUUGCAGCAUCAUACUCAGUGACCUCAACUAAACCAUCAAGUGCUUCUGAAAAUGUCAAGUUGCAGCAAUGUGACAAAUGGAUUAAAAAACGCCACAAUUAUGCAUGUGUCAGAGGCACAAGACUAACCUCUGGAAAUGGAGAUGACUAUUUCUAUGGCCUGUUAUACCUAUACUGCCCAUGGAGAAAUGAAAAUGACAUAGUUAGUGACUACGCUUCUGCUCAAGAUGCUUUCAUUGCAAAAAAAAAUCUAUUUGACUACAGCCUUGCACAACAUGUGCACUUCACAACAGAAAUAGAACAAGCCAUCAUGCAAGUGCGCCUGCUUUCAAAUGAUCUUUCAUCUAUUGCUGAUACCCUUGCACCCAAUGUGACUCAUCAGCAGCUACAAAUCAACCAUGAAUUUGACACUGAAGAGCUUUACCUUGAUCCACAAUGGACAUCACAAAAUGCACAUCAAGCAGCAGCUGCUACUGCUGCUCAAAGUACCACCAACAAUGCCGACAGCACAUCUGAAAAUCUUACUAUGCUACAUGAUGAUUCACUGGCAUGGAAUAAUCUCACUCGUAACACAAUGACUGAUAAUGCAUUCUACCAAGCACUUAGUAAUAUGUCACAUGACCAACAACAGAUAUUUGAUACAGUCAAACAGCAUUUUGUGGCACUGCAAAAACAUGAAGUCAACCCAGCCAACCCCAAACCAGAAUCUUUGCGACUCUAUGUAACAGGAGGAGCAGGCUGUGGCAAAAGCUUUCUUAUCAAAAUAAUCAAUGAAUACUUGAUCAGAAUAUCUAACCAACCAACAUCUCCUGUCGUACUCACCGCACCAACAGGUGUAAGCGCCUACAACAUCGGUGGCUCCACAGCACAUUCAGCUCUAUCACUACCUGUUGACCAUACCCGAAAGGGAAAAACACAAUACCUACCACUCAGUGCUGAAAAGCUGUCACAACUCCGACGCAAAUUCAACAACGUUCACACAGUUAUCAUUGAUGAAAUAAGUAUGAUAAGCAACGUCAGACUGGAACACAUUCACAUACGCCUAUCAGAAAUCAAAGACACUACUGCCGACCAACACAGCUACUUCGGCAAUCUGAAUAUCAUUGCCUUUGGCGACUUCUACCAGUUGAAACCUGUCUUUGGAAGAUUUAUAUUUGAAGACCCACCAGGUCAGCAUGAACCUCUUAUUCAUUUGUGGAGAUCAUUCUUCAAGCCCCUAUUUCUGACAGUCAAUCACAGACAAAAUGGUGACAAAGAGUACACAGAGCUUUUGAACAGAGUACGUGUCGGACUUCCAAACAAUGCAGACAUUACCCUCCUUUCCAAUCGUGUGAUGACAAAGUCAGAUAUUCAACAAUCUCCAUUUUCAUCAGCACUUCAUAUCUUUCCAACAAGAGAUCAAGCUGCAGAGUACAAUAAAGAGCAACUUGAAAGACUGCACUUUCAAACGAAUACCCAAGUACAUGUACUAACAGCAAUCGAUGAAAUGAUUGAUGGUCCUGUAAAUGCAAAAGACAUCCCUGCAAAAGAUCUCAUAUCAACAAAUACAAGUGAAACAGCCGGUCUUGAAAAGAACCUCCACCUUGCCCAAGGUUGCCGUGUUAUGCUUUUGAGAAAUAUACUGAGUGAAGAUGGACUUGUGAAUGGUGCACAAGGCACUGUUGAAGACUUCCUAUUUGAAAACUCUGGAAGUGAUGAACUGAGUGAGUCAACAAGCCUUAAUGAACAAACUAUUACAGGAGUGUAUGUCAAAUUUGAUAACCCCAAGGUUGGCCAAACAAUACAAGACCAUUGCAAGAACAACGCUAUUCUUAUUCGACCAAUCACAGCAAGAUUUUUUGCACACUAUGGCACAGUUUUCACUCGAACCGCGUUUCCACUUCAACUUUCAUAUGCAUCAACUGUGCACAAAGUACAAGGACUUUCAUUGACAAAAGCAGUACUUGACAUUGGAGACAAAGUGUUCAGCUCUGGCCAGACCUAUGUUGCCCUGAGCAGAGUUACCUCUAUUGAUGGCUUAGCAUUGCUAGACUUUAAACCAAAAAAAAUCUCAGUAUUUCAAUCUGUGAUAAGAGAAAUGAAAAGACUAACUGACAGUAUAACACAAAAUUCUCAAACUCAAGAGACAGAAGACACAUGAUCAUGCAUCUGACUAUUUACCUCACAUUGCUAAAUAGAAAAGUAACAUGACAUAAUUACUGUAAAACCCAUAAAAACUACACUUGUGUAACCAAAUUACUCACUAUAAUACCUAUGAAAACUACACCUCUGCAACAAUAUUGCUCACUAUAAAACCCAUAAAAACUACACCUGUGUAAAAAAAUUGCUCAGUGUCAUUCGUACCACAAAUGCAGAAACCAUCAUGUACCCCACCCGUGCAUGCGGUACCCACUCAUCUGACCGCAGUAUCCGAACCCCACCCGUGCAUGCGGUACCCACUCAGCUGACUGCAGUUCAUCGAAAUCCACCCGUGCAUGCGGUCAGCUGACCGCAGUAUCCGGGCCCCACCCGUGCAUGCGGUACCCAGUCAGCUGACUGCAGUAUCUGGACCCCACCCGUGCAUGCGGUACCGCAGUAUCCGGACCCCACCCGUGCAUGCGGUACCCACUCAGCUGACCGCAGUAUCCGGACC